CCCACAUCAAGUGUUUGGUGCAGUCUAUCGGUUUGCCAAAGAAUAAGGAGCGCCGUUGACUCCAGGCGGACGUAAUUCGUUCUCCUCUACCAUGUCUUUCGUUUAGCCUCUACACACUUGUCUAUCUUUCCUGGACAAUGUCCCGCUUCCGCAAGUUCUUUGCACAACUCCCUACCAGUCAGGUGCGGACUCCUGCAGGGUCCAUAAUCCAGUAUGGCUUUGCUAUGGUUGCAAUGUACUCGGCAUUUGCCUUGAUCUCGCAUGACCUGGUCACAAUCAAUAAAACAGAAGGACCCUCCAUGUACCCAACUAUACCGACCGAAGAGUCCUUUACCAUAUAUUCUCGGAGACAUAGACGCGGAAAAAACUUAAAAGUGGGCGAUAUCAUAGUAUUUGAGAAUCCUAUCUUUCUACGAGGAAGAGCAUGCAAGCGAGUCAUUGGUAUGCCAGGCGACUACAUCGUGCGCGAUCCGUCGCAAUGUCCGACCGUGGGCGGCGUGCCCGUGCCUGGUGUGACGGACAUUGAUGCAGUCCGCGAGGAGCCGAUGAUGGUACAGGUACCGGAAGGCCAUGUGUGGGUUGCUGGAGACAGCUUGACCUACAGCAGGGAUUCCAGAUUCUAUGGACCACUGCCAAUGGCUCUGAUUGUUGGUAAAGUGCUGUAUAAUGGCACAGGUUGGUUCACGUGGAAAAGCCUUCGGACACCGCAGCUCCACCCUGCAUCACAAGCCGACUACACGUCUCUGGAACCUGUGCAUGGCGAGCUCGCCUUAGAGGACGCGAAAGUCGACUGAAGCUUCGAUGUCUGAGUCACCUUUACGAAGUCAUGGGACCUUGACUGGCAAUGCUAAAA